AGCGGCAUUCUUGUAACAACUGUCAUAACGCAAUAGUGUGCCGUCUGAAAAACUUCGUGGUUUUGCGGCUGAUAAUUAUAUCAGUAAAAAGCACUUACGCUGUGUAAAAUUUAACUAAAAUCAAAAGGAUUUAGUAACAGAGUCUGAAAAUGGCUUUCAUUGAUCUCUCCGGCGAUGGUGGUGUCCAGAAGCAGAUUUUACACGAAGGAUCAGGCGAAGAAACGCCGUCUAAUGGGUGUUCAGUCUCGUUGCAUUACACUGGCACGCUUGACUCUGAUGGCAAACAGUUUGACUCGAGCCGGGAACGGAAUGAGCCCUUCGAAUUCAAGCUCGGACAGGGAUCGGUAAUCAAAGCUUUUGAUAUGGGAGUGGCCACGAUGCGGUUGGGGGAGAAGUGCAUUCUUAAAUGUGCACCGGAUUAUGCAUACGGAGCUUCCGGUAGUCCUCCAAAUAUCCCGCCGAAUUCGACGUUGAAUUUUGAACUUGAAAUGCUCGGUUGGAAAGGAGAAGAUUUGAGUCCAAAAUCUGACCAAGGUAUUGAGCGUUUCAUUUUGAAGGUUGGUGAGGGCAAAAAAACACCCAACGAUGGUGCAUUCGUAAAAAUUCACUUGGUUGGUCGUCAUGAGGGACGCAUUUUUGAGGAGCGCGAUGCCGAGUUUACAAUCGGCGAAGGAGAAGAAUGUGGUAUUGUUUCCGGUGUUGAGAUUGCUUUGGAGAAAUUCCGAAAGUUGGAAACUUCUAAGCUUAUCAUUAAACCACAGUUCGCUUUCGGAGGCGUUGGAAACGCGGACCUUGGUGUGCCUUCCAAUAGUACUGUUGAGUACGUGGUAACGUUGCUUGAGUUUGAACGAGAGCCAGACAGUUGGAAACUAGAUGAUAUAAAACGAAUGGAACAGGCUAAAAUGUUCAAGGAGAAGGGAACGGGUUACUUCAAGGAAAAUAAGUUUAAGCUGGCCCUUAAGAUGUAUGAGAAAUCAUUGAGCUUCCUUUCUAGUAGUGAAACGGAGGAGUCAAAGCAGUUUCAGCUUUUGGUGUAUUUGAACAAAGCGUUGUGCCAUCAGAAAUUAAGCGACCACGACGAAGGGAAGGCAGCUUGCACCGAAGCUUUGAAAAUCGAUAGCAAAAAUGUGAAGGCAUUAUACCGUCGCGGUCAGUCCAAAUUGGCACUUGGUGACUUCGAGAAGGCUUUAGAGGAUUUUAAUGCCGUUCGGGAAAUUGAGCCGGAAAAUAAAGCUGCCCAAAAUCAGGUUGCCAUUUGUAAGCAGAAAAUCAAGGAUUACAACGAAAAGCAAAAGAAGGUGUUUGCCAAUAUGUUCACCAAGUUUGCCAAAAGUGAUAAACAGCGGGAGGAAGAGGAACAAAGCAGACAGCCGGAUGUGAUGAAGCAAAAUUUCGGAGAAUGGCGCGAUGAUGAACGUGAACACGAACCUACCAGAUUCGAGCAGGAAAAUCCGGAUGUCAUAAUGUUAGGUGAAUCACUUAAGGACUUCAGAAACAUGUAAAUGCUGUACGUUUUUGGAUCAUCCUCCCAUUCCUUUAUUGAGGCGUUUGGUUCUCAGUAAAUUUACAUUAUGUACUCGAAAAUUAUUUCUUAAUUUUAAAUUAUGAUAUAUGUACAACAUAACACAUCUGGUCAGCGAACAAUACAUGAUAGUACGAUCUAUAA